AUGUCUCGACUAUCUCUUAACACAGCUCCCGGACUCACUUGCGUCACCUCGAACUCAUCUUUCACCAAUGUUUACUAUGCCAUUCACAACUUACUGAAAGCCAAAAAUGAUCCCAGCACUUAUUCAUGGUCGAGGGUAACCCUGAUAACUAUGCUGGUGGCCCAUCUCAUAAUGCUUCUCAUGGCAUUAAGCGUCAUUCUAGUCAGAUUGUCCAGUCGAAAAUUCAUGCUAGGGUAUAUAACCAGACAUGGUGUCUUGAGGCCCAAUGCUACGGGCUGUGUGACGGUCUGUUACAUCUUGUAUGACAUUUUUGCUGUAGUUGGACUAGGGAUGCAACUGGCAAUAGAUUAUGGGAUCAGCAAUCCAGAAGCCAAAGUCCACAUACCGGGAAUCAAAUAUGUGAUUAUCUGGAUUGGUGUAUGGUGUUUUUGCUGGAGCACUGCUUGCCAGUACAUUUGCGCACGGUGGGAUCCUCCGUGGCAAUCCAAUUCGUCCGACAGAAAGUUGAACAUCGUUCCAUACUCGGUGAUUGUGAUGCUCAACAUAAUAUUCGUCGGAGUAGCUAUCGUCAGCGUCGCAAUCAUCGUGACAGUGUUUUCUCUUUCCAACUCUCAGUAUAUAUAUCUGCAACGAGCCGUUGACUCCAUCGAGAUGGCUCUCGUCAAAGUCAACAUGACAUCCGCCAACCCCGAAAUAGCUUUCCAGGUUGCGUCUAAUCUCCCUGGACAUCCUUUGAGCAAGCUUCAUCACUUAAUUCAUCAAUUCUCGCAUUGGCUAAAAAUCAGAAUCACGACUUGUUUGGCUCUCAAUAGCUGCUUGCUCAUGGCAUACACACCUUUCAUCUUUUCUACGUACAGACAACUGAAGCAAUACAAAAAGCUGGCACCCAAAGAUUGGGCAGAGAGCAAAAAAGGACCGCAGAAGCAUCCCCGCCCAAAUAAAAAGGGAGCAAGGAUUGACUGCAAGAAAGAAAUGAGAAGUUUGCUGCUCACUGCGGGUGUAAUCUACUCGGUAUUACUCGUCGAAUGGCCCCUUCUAGUGUGGGAAUUUAUGCACAUCUCUGCUGGUAAGUGCCGGUCAGGAGAUGGGCUAGCAAUCCGAGAAAUGCGGAAGACCGUCCAAGAGGACGUCAUCCAACAUCAUCUCGACCUCGAUUGGGCAUUGGACCCCCAUUUGGAAGAGAAAAAAGCCCUCGAAAUGGACUGCUUGAGCCCAAAGUCGGAGUAUGACCACCUCAAGCGUUAA